AAAAAAUAUUAUUAAUAUUACACGGCUGCGUCUUGAGACGAUUUGUUGUUCACCAUGAAAUCUUUUGCGAUUGUUCUUCUCGCUGUAUUUGCGAUGGCCGCGUGCCAGGUGCAUGCUUUCGGCCGUUAUCCUAGUCAGGUGCAUGUAGUCGACCACGAUCCUAGUCAGGUGCAUGUAGUAGACCAUGAUCCUAGUCAAGUGCAUGUAGUCGACCACGAUCCCAGUCAGGUGCAUGUAGUCGACCACGAUCCUAGUCAGGUGCAUGUGGUAGACCACGAUCCUAGUCAAGUUCAUGUAGUCGACCACGAUCCUAGUCAGGUGCAUGUGGUAGACCACGAUCACAGUCAAGUGCAUGUAGUCGAUCACGAUCCUAGUCAGGUUCAUGUAGUGAACAACCCCAGUCAUGAUCAUAUCGACCCAGGUUUCGGCAGACCUACCAACCCCGACUGGAACAUCGACCCAGGUUUCGGCAGACCUACCAACCCCGAGUGGAAUAUCGACCCAGGUUUCUACCGACCUACAGCCAACGACUACCACCCAAUAAAUAGAGAACCCGAAAUCCUCCCAAACCCUGGCGGAUACCCACAACUCACUGACAACCCUGACGCACGCGGAGGACAGUAAACUGUACCUUUAAGAAAAUGUAUCUAUAAAAUCAUAAACUUAAUUUACACGUUUACGCAAUUUGUUAAUUUGACGUUCAAAUAAUAUUUGAUCAAAUGUAAUGUAAAUUUAAUACUAAAAAUAAAUGAUGUUAUUGUAUUUUA